AUGAUCUCUUCUGGGAAGUUAAGUUCUUCUGGAGUUGAGGAUAAACUUGGCUCUAAUGACAAAUCUUCUGGGAGUAUGGAAGAAGACAACAUCGAGUACCGAGUUGGUUUUUGUGGAGAAAACUUGUGGGACUCGACGAAUGCUUGUUACCUCUCUCCUGAAUUUGGCUUUCUCCAAGAUGACUAUUCAGCAGAAGAGUUUCUUUUCUCCAAGUAUCAACUACACGAAGAGAAAUAUUCAGAGUUUGGUCUACUUAACGAUGCUCGGUUCAACGUAGCCUCGCCACCACUUGACAAAUGCCUGGAGGAGAUUGCAAAACUUGGUGAAGAUGAAAUCCCAUCUGUGAUAUCAGGUAUUGGUGAAUCCAAGAAGGAGAACAAGUUCCCAUUUCCUUUGGCUUCUCUUGAGCUCUUGAGAAACUAUAGCGGCGGAUUAAGGCGGUUGAAGAGGGAAAGAAGAGUUAUGGAGCCAAGCAAUGACUCAACAUGUGGUGAGGUUGGGGACAAGAGACUAUCAUGUGUUGAGAUCAUGAAGAUUGCCGGUGCAAGGUUCAUUCAGUCCUCUUCCUUAGAGCAGGCAAAUAACCAUCCAUUUGAACGGUCCUUGUGCGGACUUUCCAAUGAAGAUACCAAAGAUGUUGAGCUUGUGGAGCUUCUCCUUGCUUGUGCCGAGAAAGUGGGGUGCCAACAGUUCGAACGCGCGGGAAAGUUGCUCAACCAAUGCGAUCAGCUGUGUUCCACCACAGGCAAUCCAGUCCAAAGAGUAGUGUACUAUUUCUGUGAAGCUCUCAGGGGAAGGAUUGACAAAGAAACAGGAAGGAGCAAAACAAAGGGAUUGGGGAAAGAGCAGUUGUUUGAUCCCGACGUCGCAAUGAUGAGACUAAACGCGACGCAUCAUGCAUUUCACGAGACGAUCCCUUUCUCUCAGCUGUCCAUAUUUGCUGGAAUCCAGGCCAUUGUGGAGAGUGUUGAAGGAGCAAAGAAGAUUCACAUAAUUGAUUUUGCAAUUAGGAGUGGUCUACAAUGGACUGUCUUGAUGCAAGCUCUUGCCUCUUGCCAUGAAUCUCCUCUAGAGCUCCUCAAGAUCACUGCUCUUGGAACCACACAAAAACAUGUGAUUGAGGAGACAGGUGAGAGGUUGUUGAGCUUUGCUCAAACCUUGAAUAUUCCUCUCUCUUUCAAGAUUGUUAUGGUCUCAGACAUGACACAUCUCAAACAAGAACUUUUCGAGCUCGAUUUCGAUGAAAAAGUGAUUUGUUACUCUUAUUUCUUAUUCAGAAGCAUGCUUGCACUGCCGGAUCAACUAGAGUCCGCAAUGAGAGUGAUGAGAAGCUUAAAUCCAUGUGUAAUGGUUGUCACUGAGGUUGAGGCAAACAUGAACUCGCCGUCCUUCGCGAACCGCUUCAUUGAAGCGCUUUUCUUCUACGGUGCAUACUUCGACUGCCUUGAGACUUUCAUGAAGAGAGAUUGUCGGAAUAGAAUGGCUGCUGAAUCACUCUACUUUGGAGAAGGAAUUAGGAAUACUGUGGCUGCUGAGGGGAAGGAAAGGAAGAUCCGAAACGUGUCGAUAGAUGUUUGGAGGGCGUUUUUCACCCGCUAUGGAUUGGAGGAUGUUGAGCUGAGCCCUUCAUCCUUGUACCAAGUGGAGCUCAUACUCAAGAAAUUUUCUUGUGAGGAUUCUUGCACACUUGAUGUGAAUGGGAAUUGCUUAAUCUUUCUAUGGAAGGGUACACCAAUUCAAUCUCUUUCUGUUUGGAAAUCCUUCCAAUAUUAA